AUGCUUGCCGCCGAUUCGAAGUCCAACAUGGACGCGUCUACGCUGAAAAGUGGCACUCCGAGUUUCGACGAGAAACGUGCCGAGAAGGCUGAUGAGACAAGGCUAGGCUCGAGCGAUUCGACAGUCCCUUCGACGAAAGAGACCGAGCCAGAGCCAACUAGUAGUAGCCAUGGAGGAGACCUGAGCAAGGUCGUUUCAGUGAAGUCUGCAAAAGAGGUUACCGAGGAGUUGAACAGGAUUAUGACAAGUGGAGAGGGUGUGGAGUAUCCUACAGGAGCGAAACUUGGUCUGAUAUCGCUUGCUCUCUGUCUGUCUGUCUUUUUAAUGGCUCUGGACAACACCAUCAUCGCCACGGCUAUUCCAGCAAUCACGGAUCAGUUUGAAAGUCUUCCAGAUGUCGGGUGGUAUGGUAGCGCCUACCUUUUGACGACCGCGUCGUUCCAACUUCUCUUUGGAAAGUUCUACACCUAUUUCUCUCUGAAAUGGGUCUACCUGAUCGCCAUUGGCAUCUUCGAGCUUGGAAGUCUUCUGUGUGGUGUUGCGCCAAAUUCGACAGCAUUGAUCGUCGGUCGAGCAAUUGCUGGUGUGGGAUCGGCUGGAAUCUUCUCAGGAGCACUCAUCAUCGUCGCUUUCUCGGUACCUCUGGCAAAGAGACCAAUGUAUACCGGGUUUAUUGGAGCCAUGUACGGUAUUGCAAGUGUCGCGGGACCUUUACUCGGAGGCGCAUUUACGGAUAAGGUUUCUUGGAGAUGGUGUUUUUAUAUCAAUCUGCCUAUCGGUGCCAUCACGGUCGUCAUCAUCAUGAUUUUCUUCCAAAACCCUGAGCGAGCAGCCGUUGCAGAUCUUGGAUGGAAAGCACGUAUCAAGGAGUUCGAUUUGGAAGGCACCGCUGUUUUCAUGCCAGCUAUCAUAUGCCUUCUUCUCGCCUUACAGUGGGGUGGAACCAAGUAUCCUUGGGGAUCUGGAAGGAUUAUCGCUCUUCUCGUACUGUUCGGUAUUCUGAUUUCCAUUUUCAUUGGCAUUCAAUUUUGGAAACAAGACUCUGCCACUGUUCCACCCAAAAUCAUGAAACAACGAACCAUGUGGGCUGCAUCAUGGUUCUCAUUCUGCCUGGGAGCUGCCUUUCUCUUGCUUCUCUACUACCUUCCUCUCUGGUUCCAAGCUGUCAAGGGUGCUUCGGCCGUAAAAUCUGGCAUCAUGAAUAUUCCAAUGGUUAUGACCUUGGUUAUCACAUCCAUAUUCGCUGGAGUUGGAGUUACUGUCGUCGGAUAUUAUGCUCCAUUAAUGAUCGUUUCCUCCGUUAUCGCUGCAAUUGGUUGCGGUCUACUCUCAACCCUUAAACCAGAUUCUUACCACGGUUACUGGAUUGGGUACCAAGCUUUGACUGGAAUCGGAAUUGGUCUGGGAAUGCAGCAGCCGCUGAUCGCUGUUCAGACCGUCCUCGAUAUUUCUCUCGUCCCGAUCGGUACUUCGGUCAUUGUUUUUGUCCAAACACUAGGAGGAGCCUUAUUCGUCUCUAUCGGCCAGAGUGUUUUUACCAACAAGCUCUCGGAUGGACUAGUCAAAUACGCUCCAUCUGUUGAUCCCAAAGUCAUUCUUGCAACCGGAGCUACUGCCAUUCAGAAAACGAUCGAUAAAUCAGUUCUUCCAGGCGUCACGAUUGCGUAUAAUGAUGCUCUCACGCAAGCAUUCUUAGUCAGUGCCGUUAUGGCAGCUCUGACGAUCAUUGGGUCUGCCGCAGUCGAAUGGAAGUCUGUGAAAGGAAAGAAGAUUGAAAUGGCCGCAGCAUAG